AUGUCGGCAAUGCAGCAUACCGGCGAACGUUCAGCUUUCGAUCAAGUCGUCGUUACACCACACUCCUGCGAUGACGGCUUCCGAACGGAACUUCCAGCACAAAGACUGGCUUCUCGCGCAAGCUCACCUCUACUUAGAGGUCGUCGAGAGUCGCCGCAGCGUAUACGCAUCUCGUCAGACGAUGGUACAGAAAUGAUUUCACCUGAAGAGUAUGCUACACUGCCGCCAUCGAUCCAAAGAAAGUACUUCACUUCGGCCGAAAGAUUGCACAUUUCACAGGCGGCUGCUGCUGACCAACGAAAGAAACAUUGUCGCAAGAAGAUAUGGCUAAGUCCGAGGCCAUCGCUCGAUUGUCAUCGCCAUACGGCCAGCGAGCAACGAGCUCGCACACCUUCAGAUGCAUCUUCAGACAGGCACUCUCUGGCAGAGCUGCGGUCUGGUGAGCGCCCUAUCACACCCGAGCAAGCUGCAUGGUUCUUUGCGUUACCGGAGAAGGUGAGACGACAGCACUUUAGCAAGGAGGAACGCAUCCAGUCCGAGGAAGGUGCACGGGUGUUGCAAGUUACCUCUUCCGGUUCACUGGUGCCAGCUUCGUACGCAUCGUCCAACAUUGACGAAACAGUAAAAGCCAAGCCUGCUAAGGCAUCACCUGUGACCAGCGACCAGACGCAGGUGACACCAGUGCGGGCGGCACAACGCAAACAAACAUAUCAACAGCAGGACGACAGUGUAUCACCGCAUUCGCUAUCAACAAUUGGCCUGGCUGUGACCGCUCCGUUGGCAUAUACUGCAGAGGGUAAGCAACGGAUGAGAAGUGGGCAACAAAAGAUUGUCGUGCGAAAGGCACGAUCAUUCAACCGCGCAUUGUACUUAACGCCCAUAGCGUUACCACCACCUCGACUGGCGCCGAUCCCGGCAUCGCCUGUACCUGAGACGCUGCCGGUAUCGUCGGCACCUCAACAGGAGAAGCUUUCUUGGCGCCUGUCGCGACCUUGCGACGACUUCUACGUUCCAUCACCAAUUGAGACCCCGCCUGCCAAACCUUUCGAGGAGCCAGUGGUGGCCGAUGUCACUCGACCUCAGCUACGCCCACGAGCAAUUACCUGUCCAGUACUGGACCUGACCUCUGAGCGAGCACGGCACGAUAUACCCAAUGCAGUGCCUACCAGUACCUCCGAAUGCUUCCCAAUCCAGCGGACUUCUCUUGUGUUGUACGACACCGAUGACAACGCCUCCGUCCAGACGAGUGGGCCUUUGACGCCUACCGCCCUCAGUAGCACAUCGUCGCAAGCUAGCACACUUUUGACUUCGGCAGAGGCGAGCAGCCCGAUUACAGUACAGCCGAACAGUGAUGGUUCUCCUACCCGCACACCGCAAGGCCACAAUUAUGCGGUCGCAGCUAGAACGCCGGUGACAAAUGUGGCUGCAUGGCCAACCAAGCAGAGCUGUGAGGUCGCAGUCGCGGAUUUGGAUCCUUUGGCUCUCGAGCCGUUGGAUAGCUACGAGCGUUCCGCAGGCGCGGACGACACACUGACAGCUUUCGAUUUGAGUGUCCCUCGCGAGAAGAGGUUGACAAGAGUGUGGAAGAGCAUACGACGGCACUAG